ACAUCCAUCAUCUUGCCAUCCCAGUGUCUGGACUUACUCUGAAGACACGAGUGUUUGCCGCUGUAAAAGCCACCAACCUAGACAAGAGAUGGAAUGUUCUGAUGGACUACUGUUACACGACUCCCUCUGGGAAUCCUAAUGAUGAGCUCCGAUACGACCUUUUCUUUGGCAGAUGUGAUAAGGACCCACAGACAACAGUGUUUGAGAAUGGGAAGAGCCAGAUGGGCCGCUUUUCCUUCGAGGUGUUCCGCUUUGUCAAGCACAAGAACCAGAAAAUGUCCACCGUCUUUCUGCACUGUGUGACCAAGCUGUGUCGCUCUGAUGACUGCCCCCUGCUCUUGCCUAUCUGUGGUAAGAGGAAGAAAAGGAACGUUUCAGAAAGAACUGCGGUGGCCUCUGGCAAUGCGGUCAUGACUGCCGGGCCCAUCAUCACCCGGAGUGAUGAAACUCCCACCAAUAAUUCCCAGCUAGCACAGUUAAACAGCCCUCCAUUCAAAAUGAAUUCAGUGACAAGUGCCUUGAUUUCUUCCAUCGCGAUCCUCGCCGUUAUGAGCAUGUGUUUCUUCAUCCUGUCUCUGUCACUGCUGAGAGGAAAAUAUACACCACCAACACCUCGGUCAGGAACCCACAACCCAGCGUUCAGCUAAACGCACACACACGGCUGUUUGGUCCAUUGAACAAUACAGCAAUACCUGUGUGCAGAGCUCUCAGUUACACACAGUCAUACAGUACAGGGAAGUAAUAUCAUAAUAUCACUCUACACAGCCUUUAGCUAUACACCGAUGCUUAUUUUCGGUCACAAAGAAUGAAUACCUCAUUCUUAUUCCUGUAAAUUUACAUAACACAUAAUCCUAAACCAUAAGAGGCUGAACUCUGAUUGGAAAUUAUUCUCACAGACAUAAUAUAAUCAGGAAUAACAGCAUUAAAAUAUGCUCUCAGUAAUUUUUCCUCAUUAAAAUGUUUUACAGAUGAAAAAAUUUAAUUUUGACUAAAUCAUGUACACUCACGUGAGAUUCUUAGUCAUACACU